AUGGUGGCAGCUGAGAAGACUCCAAAACCAGGACUUAAAACCACUUUACACAGAGGCAGCAGAGAAAAGACCAUCACGCGUGCAUCCCCCACCGUCUCUCCGCUGUGUGGUGAAGGGACUGGAGAUGCCAUGCAGCCAGCCCAAGGCAUGGUGUCCUUUGAGGAGGUGGCUGUGUACUUCACCAAGGGAGAGUGGGCCCUGCUGAGCCCAACCCAAGGAGCUCUGUACAAGGAAGUCAUGCUGGAGAAUUAUGGGACCGUGGCCUCUAUGGGACCCCUGAUAGACAGACCUGACGUCAUAUCCUGGCUGGUAGAGGAAGAUGAGCUGUUUCUCCUGGGCUCUGAUGAACACGAGGGAUUGGCAGGCAGUGGCUUAGGUCUGUCCUGGGACUGCGGCGGGGUGUCCUUUGAGGAGGUGGCGGUGUACUUCACCCAGGGGGAGUGGGCCCUGAUGCUCCCAGCCCAGAGAGCGCUGUACAAGGAAGUCAUGCUGGAGAAUUCCUGGAAUAUUACCUUUUUCUCCAUCUGGCUGGCCACCUCUCUUCAGAAGUCUGCCAUUUUUGUUAAAGUACAAAUGGCUGUCCCUCUUGAAGGCUACCGUCACAGUUCAAAUCUUAGUGUGCAUAAAAGAGUUCACUCUGGGAAGGAACCAUAUAAAUGCCUGGAGUGUGGAAAAAGCUUCAGUCGGAGUGAUGGCCUUACUUCCCAUCAAAGAAUUCACAGAGGGGAAAAACCAUAUAAAUGUCUGGAGUGCGGGAAAAGCUUCUGUCGGAGUGAUGCCCUUACUUCCCAUCAAAGAAUUCACAGAGAGGAGAAACCAUAUAAAUGCUUAGAGUGUGGGAAAAGCUUCAGAUGGAGUAAUCAGCUUACUUCCCACCAAAGAAUUCACACAGGAGAGGAACCAUAUAAAUGUCUGGAGUGUGGGAAAAGCUUUCGUGAGAGAGGAGCACUAAGAUACCAUCAACAAACUCAUACGGGGGAGAAACCAUAUAAAUGCCUGGAGUGUGGGAAAUGCUUUGGUGUUCGUGCAAGUCUUACUUUUCAUCAAAGGAUUCACACUGAGGAGAAACCAUAUAAAUGCCUGGAGUGCGGCAAAAGCGUCAGUGAUCGUAGAACCCUUACGUCUCAUCAAAUGAUCCACACAGGGCAGAAACCUUAUAAAUGCUUGGAGUGUGGAAAAAGCUUCAGGGAUCAUAGAGGCCUUACUGCUCAUCAAAGAAUACACACAUUGGAGAAGCCAUAUAAAUGCCUGGAGUGUGGGAAAAGCUUCAUUUGGAGUGGGGGCCUUGCUUCCCACCAAAGAAUUCACACAGGCGAGGAACCAAAUAAAUGCCUGGAGUGUGGGAAAAGCUUCAGUCGGAGAGAAGGCCUUACUUCUCAUGAAAGGAUUCACACAGGGGAGAAGCCAUAUAAAUGCCUGGAAUGUAGGGAAAGCUUCAGAUGGAGGAGUCAGCUUACUUCCCACCAAAGGAUUCAUAGAGGGGUGGAACUGUAUAAAUGCCUGGAAUGUGGGGAAAGCUUUAGUGACAGAGGAAGUCUAAUUUACCACCGAAUAAUUCACACAGGGAAGAAACCAUAUAAAUGCUUAGAGUGUGGGAAACCCUUCACUGUUCAUGGAAACCUUACUUCUCAUCAACGGAUUCACAGAGGGGAGAAACCAUAUAAAUGCCUGGAGUGUGGGAAAAGCUUCAGGUGGAAUAAUCAACUUACUUCCCACCACAGAAUCCACACGGGUGGAACCAUAUAA